CUAGAAGCAGCUUCUCUGCUCCUUCUCAAAUCUCCGUCUAGUUCAGCCUACUCGCCUCCACUCCAACCUCCACCAUGUCCAUCAGGAUGACCCAGAAGUCCUACAAGGUGUCCACCUCCGGUCCCCGGGCCUUCAGCAGCCGCUCGUACUCGAGUGCACCUGGCGCCCGCAUCAGCUCCUCGACCUUCUCCCGAGUGGGCAGCGGCUUCCGGGGUGGCCUGGGCAGCGGCAUGAGUCUGAUCGGGGGUUACAGCGGGCUCGGAGGUGCAGGGGGCAUCACCACUGUCACAGUGAACCAGAGCCUGCUGAACCCCAUUAAGCUGGAGGUGGACCCCAACAUCCAGGCUGUGCGCACCCAGGAGAAGGAGCAGAUCAAGACCCUCAACAACAAGUUCGCCAACUUCAUCGACAAGGUGCGGCACCUGGAGCAGCAGAACAAGAUUCUGGAGACCAAAUGGAGCCUCCUGCAGCAGCAGAAGACGGCUCGGAGCAACAUGGACAACAUGUUCGAGAGCUACAUCAACAACCUUCGGCGGCAGCUGGACACGCUGGGCCAGGAGAAGCUGAAGCUGGAGGUGGAGCUCGGCAACAUGCAGGGGCUGGUGGAGGACUUCAAGAAUAAGUACGAGGAUGAGAUCAACAAGCGCACGGAGAUGGAGAACGAGUUUGUCCUCAUCAAGAAGGAUGUGGAUGAAGCUUACAUGAACAAGGUAGAGCUGGAGUCCCGCCUGGAAGGGCUGACCGACGAGAUCAACUUCUUCAGGCAGCUGUAUGAAGAGGAGAUUCGUGAGCUGCAGUCCCAGAUCUCGGAUACGUCCGUGGUCCUCUCCAUGGACAACAGCCGUAACCUGGACCUGGACAGCAUCAUCGCCGAGGUCAAGGCCCAGUACGAGGAGAUCGCCAACCGCAGCCGGGCGGAGGCUGAGUUCAUGUACCAGACCAAGUACGACGAGCUGCAGACCUUGGCCGGGAAGCAUGGGGAUGACCUCCGUCGCACGAAGACAGAGAUUUCCGAGAUGAACCGGAACAUCAGCCGACUCCAGGCUGAGAUCGACGGCCUCAAAGGCCAGAGGGCUUCCCUGGAGGCCGCCAUCGCUGAUGCUGAGCAGCGUGGGGAGCUGGCCGUCAAGGACGCUCAGGCCAAGGUGGCCGAGCUGGAGGCCGCUCUGAGAACGGCCAAGCAGGACAUGGCGCGGCAGCUGCGCGAGUACCAGGAGCUGAUGAACGUCAAGCUGGCCCUGGACGUGGAGAUCGCCACCUACCGCAAGCUGCUGGAGGGCGAGGAGAGCCGGCUGGAGUCUGGGUUGCAGAACAUGAGCAUCCAUACCAAGACCACCAGCGGCUACUCAGGUGGGUCGACCUUCGGGGGCCUCACGAGCCCUGGCCUCAACUAUGGCCUGAGCUCCUUCCAGUCCAGCAUUGGCCUUGGCGGGGGCCCCGGAUCCUUGAGCCGCAUCAGCUCCUCCAAGGCCGUCGUUGUGAAGAAGAUCGAGACCCGCGAUGGGAAGCUGGUGUCCGAGUCCUCUGAUUUCCUGCCCAAGUGAACGGCUGCUGUGGGCCCGCCCAGCCUCCCCCUCCUGUAGCCGCCCCAGAGGCUCUGGGGCAGGGAGCUAUGCAGGGGAGCGUCGGGACCAGGAGACCCACCCGAGGCUCAGCCCCAGUCCUCAGCCCAUCCCUGGGGGGAGUCUACUGCCUGGGGUACCCCCCCUUCCCAUGCCCCCAGCUAAAAGCCAAUUCAAGUGUCUUUUCCAAAAUAAAGCCUCAGCUGGCUCUGCCAA